AUGCCCGCCAGAGAUCUAACGACCAAAGGGAGGCGCCGGACUACGCUCAGAAGAUGCAAGCGCGCGGCCGGCUUCAUUCGACUCUGUGUUCUCCCGCGUCCGGAGUUCACGAUACCGCGCUCCCGCUCCCCCGACAGGCCGCAACCGUUCAUCACUUCCAAGUGGUCAAGCCAGUCUGCACUGAACGGCGCUCUAGCAUCCUCGGUCUCGCACAGAUCUCUCAAUAGUCAUCAUUCUCGUGCGCGCGGGAGACAUUCGCCACCUAUCGAGACGAGCGAUUCAACGUCCCGGCAAUUUCUGUCUCCACACUAUGCAUUGGGCAGAUCGGAAUUGGAGCGACGCUCCUUCCCGCGUUAUGGAGAACUCGGACCCAGCUCUGAUCCUGGACAUGGCAACUCGCCUCCACUUGGUCAAGAUAGCGAGGCCGGAUCCGAUAGAGCUCGCGUCAGAACACUGUCAGAACCCACCAAACUGCCUGAAGACUCUGCUAGAGCAGCAGUUAAGCUCCGCUCAGUUUCACAACCAGUACCACCAUUCGUCCCUAGGUUAUCCUCUGAGGCUCUGAACGUUCCUUUGGCGGCGAAGCUGCUUACACCCAUCAUGGAGGAUGCGCCAACCCUGCAUGCGAAUGCGCUCUUGUAUCCCUCGCUCAGCUCUAGCCUGGAUGUCAUGCACGAAGGGCCGUCAGGGCAUGCUGUACAACCAACGGAUACCGCUGCCGGAUCGCCAGACGAUGAGGAUGCGUUGAACGACGAUCUGUCUGCUGUGCUUCCUUCCGUGAUACUGACUGCGGCGACGCCCUUCGAAAGCGGAUCAGAGCAACCUGUACUGGUGUUCACUCCGCCGACCACUCCCCAAAAACGAAGAGUGUCUACUGCGAGUACCGAAACAUAUGCUGCUCACAUUCGGCGCUCAGAUUCUACGGUAUACCAUGACUGCGAGUCGAUACAUUCUGGGCAUGAUUCACCCCGUAUCGAUAUGUCAUCGGAAGACGGUUUCAGAGGACGACGCCGAUCUUCAUCUCUAUCUGAACGUCAUCACCACCCGCCGUCUGUAACUGGUGGACCGUCUCGUCGCCCUUCCGUAGUCGCUUCCCAACAUACCCGCAGAAGUGUUUCCAGAGAGCGCUCUAAAUGUGUUUCUCCCAGUGCUCGCCGAACGCGCUCGGGUGAUCAGCCGCUCAAUCGUCGCUCUUCAUACGACUCCGCUCUCAGCUUCAGCGACAGCGUCGCUCUGACACUGGCUUACCUCAACGGACAGACCCCGCAAGACACCAACCCUGCACCCCUCAGCCGUCAAUCCUCGCGCGCAGGCGGUCUGAGGAUUGCCACGGACAUCUCUCCAAGGCUUUCAGGCGGUCCUAUCACUGAGUUCAGUCCCACAGAGACCGCUGUCGGCACACCUCAGUUCAAGGGAAAAGGCUCUGACCGACGCGGAUCAUGGGCGGAUAAACUGGCCAACAAGCUUGCAUACUUGGUUCGCUCACCGACUCGGACACGCUCACUCCGCCUUAGUAGAGGUUCUCGUUUGUCCGCGCCUAUAGAGACGCCCGUCCCUAUCCCUGGCUCCGCGUAA